GGUAUGAGGAGGUAGUGCCAAUCGAAAUUCGACAUCUAUUGUUCCACUCUCAGCUGCUUCCUCAAGUGGGUUAAGUGGGACGGUGCCUGAAAUUGAUGGAUUACUUUGCUUCCCAAACAAAAUCUGUUGCCAAACUUGGUAAUUGCCAACGAUCUUGGUAACACGCGUCCUUCUUCGCUCGCUUGCUUCAUUCUUUUCAUCUUCCCCUGAGCUCACCUUUUGCCCGCCUUUAACUCUUAAUGGGUCACCCGCUUCCUAUUCUCGCCCUUUAUGCGGAAUUAACCCAAUCAACAGGAAUUCUGUGCUUUGAGCAUAGCGUGAUUGUUUCCCCUGAUUUGUGUUUGUUUUUGGGGAAGCGGAUUGUACAUUGUGGCCUCGUUAAGGAGGCCCAUCAGACUCAAAUUACAUCUCACAUCCACGAUAUCAGCUUGUAAAAUCAUCUCGUGGAUGAGUCUGAGAGGAGUAAAUCGUUUCCCAGCUUGGGAAACAGCCUAAUUUCACCACUGCAAACAUGAAAAAUCAUUUUUCGCUGGGUUAAUGCAGGUGGUUUUAGGCCAAGAUGAUGCAUUCACUUGGGUUUUGUUGCUAAACAGAGGAGAACCUAAGUUUGAACACUAUUGCUGUAAAUUGAAGAAUCAUCCCUGUCGAGAUCAUGCGUUGCGUGCAUACAGAUUGGGAGCGAGUAAACAGUUAUAAUCUGCUAUCCAACUGGGGUGAAGGGAAUCCACAGACUGUUGUUUUCUUCUGAAACAAGUAGCCCUGUUUAAGACAGGUGCGAUGGUGUCGCAGCUAAUUGAAAGAUUGAAGAGAAACUGAGAGGAGAGGGAUGCAAGAGUUGUCCUGAUCCGCCAGUAAUUUGAGACGAAUUACGAUGAUGCAUCUGCUGGAAAGAGAUUGAAUUCAUGUGAUCUGCAGCGCCAGCAUAGGAAACUGAUCAAUCUGUGGAUGGAUGACUGCUUCAACGAAACGAGUAAGCAUGGAUGAAGAAUUGAAGAGUGAUCAUGAACAGGAAGCGGGUGCUAUAGCCAGGCGACAGAGGACAGAAAUAAGACGCUUCAAAGUUAUGUCAAACAGCGAGAGUCUUGUUGAGCCUGUGAAUAAGCGUUCCCGCCCUUGUUCUGGAGAUUUUAAGCCCUACUCUUCUUCUGUUUAUGUCCCAAGCAUAUCUUCCUCCUCCGCUUCCUCAUCUAUCCAAAGCGUGGUAGAUCACUACCCUCGUCAUGAUGAUGACAAUGAAGACGGUGAAGGAGAAGGAGAGUGCAUUCCUCUAAUUCAGACUGACAAAAUGUUUGAGCCUCCUAUUUCUCCUGCUUUGCAGCAGGAUCUGAUACCAAAAGGUUGUAAUUUGUCUACCGGCAAAGCUGACGAGCAGGAAGGAGGAGUGCAGGAAGAGGGCUCAUCAACAGUGGAUGUGCAAAACAUCAGCACCGUCACCUCAUCACCAUUUGAUUCUGAAGAAAGAUCCAACUGUCUUUGCAGUUCUGUCACGAGCAGUAACUCCAACACAGAACUCAAUUGCUCUUUAUCAAAAAAGCAUACAGCAGAAUCUCCUCUCUGCACCGAGUCUGUUGCAAAUAUAUUGAAUUCUCCUCUAGAAGAAUCUUCUGUUGCUGCCUCUGGGGAGCAGGAACUUGUCAGUAGCUUGGAUCUGCUAUCUGGACAAUCUGAUCCUGAGGCUGUUGCUUCCACAGAUACAGAGUCUAUGAGCAUUUCUGCAGCAGUUUUGGUGCCUACCACCAGUGGAUCGAAUGUACUUGGAGCUAAAACUAGAUAUGUUGCCAAUAAUAAAGCUGUUCCUUGGGGUUCUGUUUCCAUUCGUGGCAUGAGGGCAGAGAUGGAGGAUGCUGUGGCGGUGGUUCACAACUUCCUGUCUGCUGCCUGUGGUAAUGUUGGCAGGUGUGUUGCCUGUGGUCCGGAAAAGGCUAAUAGAACUUCUGCACUUCAUUUCUUCGGAGUCUAUGAUGGGCACGGAGGUCCCCAGGCUGCUAAUUUCUGUAGGGAUCGUCUUCACCAUGCACUUGUUGAGGAGUUUGAGGUGGCGAUGAAUGGUGGGAGUGUUAACAUGGAGAACAAUUGGCAAGGGAAUUGGGAAAAGGCUUUUGCUAAUUGUUUUCACAAAGUCGAUGCUGAGGUUGCAGGAGCAGCUUUUAGAAGAGAUAGUGAUGGUCAAGCAGUGAUUGAAGAAUGCGUUAGAGAUCCUAUUGUCCCUGAAACAGUUGGAUCCACAGCUGUGGUUGCUGUAGUGGGGCCCUGUCAGAUUAUUGUUUCCAAUUGUGGUGAUUCAAGGGCUGUUUUAUCUCGUGCAGGAAGAGCCAUUGCACUUUCUGUGGAUCAUAAACCUGACAGAGAGGAUGAAAUGGCAAGGAUCGAGGCGGCAGGAGGCAAGGUUAUAAACUGGAAAGGUUAUCGUGUUUUUGGAGUACUUGCUAUGUCCAGGGCCAUUGGUGAUCGAUAUCUGAAGCCAUCUGUUAUUCCCGAUCCUGAUGUUACAUUCACCCAGCGAACAGAAGAAGAUGAAUGCUUGAUACUAGCAAGUGAUGGAUUAUGGGACGUCCUAUCAAAUGAGGAGGUUUGUAGAGUAGCACGGAGAUGCCUUGCUCAUGGUUACAGUGGCAAUGCAGGCUCAUGUUCUACUGCAAGGUAUCCAUCAGCACAAGCAGCUGCUGAUUAUCUGUCUAGAAUAGCUCUAGAGCGCAACAGCUAUGAUAACAUCACGGUUGUGAUAGUGGAUUUGAAGGCAAGGAGAAGGCGUCAAACAAGAAGCUGAGAGGCACAUUUAUUUUGAAGUAUAUGUGGCAUGGAACUGGAAGAUUUGAUCCAGUUUCUCCAUUGUGAAAUUUGCAAUGGAGAUAAAGUGUAUAUACCCAUCCAGCCUUCAAAGUUUUACCAACAAUUGCUGUAUUAUAUGCAGUUUCAAACAGAACUGUUUUAAUUUGAUUGACUAGAUUUCAUACAGCCGUUCUCCUGUCUAGAAAACAAAGAUUUUCAUAAUUAUAUUCAUUGUAGGGGAAAUCCUGGAGGAAACCACUAAUGUCUUGACAAAUUCAUUCAAUGUUUCAUUCGGGAUUUCUCUUUUUGAAUAGAGCCUAUGUUACCGAAUUGGCCAAAAACCUAGACGUACCUGGGUUCGAUUCAUUUUA